AUGUUCUUUAUCUUCUGGAAGCUGCUGCAGUUUAACCACUCUCUGCUCAUGUUUUCAGCCAUGUCUGCUCAGAGGCACAGCCGCUGUUCCUCUGAGUGGAAUCCCUCUCCUUUGUCACCCCCCUCCCCCGUCUCCCCCCCCCUCCCCCGUCUCACACCCUCCCUCGUCUCCCCCCCUCCCCCGUCGCCCCCCUCCCUCGUCUCCCCCCCUCCCUCGUCUCCCCCCCUCCCCCGUCUCCCCCCCUCCCCCGUCUCCCCCCCCCUCCCCCGUCUCACACCCUCCUCUGCCUUACCUCUGGCUGCACCGCCCUGA